AUGCUUCCUGAGACUACUUCUACUGACGAGUGCGUAUCUUCAGAUUGCACUGUUGAUUCAACUAUUAUUGCUUUUACGUCUUUAUUAAAGGGAUUUCAAAAGAAGGUAGAUGAAGAAGCCAAAGGACAAAAGAGUGUUUCUUUGUCCAAUGAAAAUGAAGGAAAACAUGACAAGGCCGAGGAUCCACAAGGUCAAGCUGCCCCUUCGUCCAAGACAGAAGGAUAUGAAAAGAAGGCUGAGCAUGAUGUGAUGGAGGCUGAAAAGUCUGAAGAUUCUUCAGUAUUAAAGGCUUUUCCUGAAGAUAAUACGAAACAUGACAAGGUUGAGGAUGCACAAGAAGAUGAGAAGAAGGCUGAGGCUGGUAUUCUAUUUGUAGAAAAGAUUGAUGGUUCUCUGUCAUCAGAAGCAUCUGUUGCAGACAAUCUGAAGGAGAAAAGUUUCAUUGAACCAGCACCUGAUGCAGCCAAAAGCCAGACAGAAGAACCACCAACCACAGAAUCCACUGAAUCUAUAGAAUCAGAUGAAGAGAAGCAGCCAAAGACAGACAACAUUCCUGAAGCAUCUGCUGAAACCAUUGAAGAAAUAAGCAAUCCAACUGAAGCUAUUCCUCUAUUAGAAUCAGAAGCAAAGUUAGUGAAAGAAACUGAAUAUUUGGAAACAAGUUCCCAAAAAGUAGACAAGCCUAACCCUGAGCCUGCAGUUACUGAAGUGCAGGAAAAAUCAGAAGAACCAAAGAAGGAAUCUCAAGACAAAUCACAAGAAAUUGAGUUACCAAACACAGUUGCAAUUUCUGAUCCCUCGGUUGAAACCAAUGAGAAACCGUAUGUUGAGCAACCAAACAAAGUUGCAAUUUCUGACCCCUCAACUGAAACCAAUGAGACACCGAGUGCCAGUGAUGCCAUUGAGAAUCCUGAGCCGGAGGUUCCAGAAGUGCAGGAAAAACCAAAAGAACUAGUAAAGGAAUCCCAAGAAAAACUACAAGAGGCUAAGCAAUCAAAUACAGUUGCAGUUUCUGAUCCCUCAGUUGAAACCAAUGAGAAAACAAGUGAUGCCAUAGAGAAGCCUGAGUCCAUAGUUACAGAAGUUAAUGAAAAUUCAGAAGAAACAGAAAAAGAAUCCCAAGAAAAGCCACAAGAGGCUGAGCAAACGAUUACAGUUUCUGAUCCAUCAGCUGAAACCAAUGAGGAACCGAGUGAUACCAUAGAGAAACCUGAGCCCAAUGUUGCAGAACUUGAUGAAAAAUCAGCAGAAACACAAAAAGAAUCCCAACAAAAACCACAAGACUCUGAGCAACCAAAAACAGUUGCAAUUCCUGAUUCCUCAGUUGAAACCAAUGAGAAACUGGGGCCUAUAGAAACAGAGAGAGUAGAACAUGUGGUUACUGAAAUUAAGGAAAACCCAAGUGAACCAGAAAAGCAAUCAUUUGAAAAAGAGGAAGAGGAGCAGCUGAAGACAAUUAUCCAUCAAACAGAAUCUGAGAAAGAAGAGAAACCAGGUGACAUAGUUGAAGUUCACCCUCCCCAAGACUCAGAUAUUGAGGUAGUGAACUCAAACUUAGAAGCAGUGCUUGUGAAUGCAGAUAAGGCAGGACAUGUGUCUACUGAAUUGGAGGAAAAGCCAAGAGAACAAUUAGAAGCAGCUGAAAUUGCACGUGAGACUGAUAAGAGUAAGGAGACAACAUCAUUGAAGGUAGAUAAAACUGAGAAAGUAGAGGAAACUAGUAUCACAAGAAAUAGUGCACAAGUUUCAUUAAAUGAGGAAGCUCAAGCAGCCACUGCAAAUCUAGAUUAA